GCCACCUCUGUCACACGUGCGUAGUUUGUUGUUCUUUUUUGAGUUGAUUUUGAAAUAAGUUAGUUGAUAUUAUAAGUUAUCCAAAGCAUGAAACCCGAUUUCAAAGAGGCUCCACAAGAAGGAGGCAGGCAACAAUUGCAUAAUGUGCGAUUUUAUACGAUUAGGCCACGAGGAAUUGAUUGUAUGGCAUACAACAAGUCCGAGAAAUCUCUGGCUGUCUGCCGAGAGGGAUAUUUCAUUGAGCUGUGGAAUCUGCAGCAUACACCGUAUUUGGAUCGUGUGAUCUAUCUUCAAAGGAAGGCUCGAGUGGAGGAUUUAGCCUGGUCGGGUAAACGUCUCUUUACUGUGAGUUUGCAGGGAAAGCUAAUUGAAUGGAACGUGGAAAAAGGAGAAGCAGUUGCAAAAAUUUCGCCCACAGGAAAUGCUAUAUGGUGUGUAGCUGUUAAUCUAGCAGGCACUGAUCUGGCUGUAGGAACGGAGGAGGGACAUAUUAACAUCCUAAGCAUAGAAAAUAAUGAGAUCACCCACAAAUCAAUCUUUGUUAAGCAAAGAGGACGCGUCCUAUGUUGUAAAUUUGACAAAUCUGGCAAGCGUCUGGUCACAGGCUGUGAGGGUUAUGUGAAAAUCUGGAAUGUGGCGAAAGGAACUACCAUACACACGAUGACUCUAUCGGACAAACAAGUGAUUGUAUGGUCAAUACUAGUGCUAAGUGAUAAUACCAUCAUUACGGGGGAUUCGGCUGGAUUUGUGUCCGUAUGGAACGGCCAGAAUGGCACCCAGAUCGAAAGGCAACAAGUGCUUGACAAGAAUGUUUUUGCAUUGGCCAUUAAUGAGGAUGAGAAUCGUUUGGCCUGCAGUGGUAUGCAGCCACCGUUGAUACGGAUAUUGAAUAAAACUCAAAUCAAGCGGGAGGAUGCCACCUUUGACCGUUGGAUUAAGUUUUUGCAGCGUGAUCCCCAUAAGCACUAUGUCAAAUCGUUGGCCAUGAUACCAAACGGUCGUAUUGUCUCUGGCGGACAGGAUGGUAUACUGACCAUAUCCCCGAGUGAACGAAUGCGCGGCUAUGCGUGUCAACAUGCCCCAUUCUUGAAGGGAUCCGUAGUCUCUGUGGCGGCAGCACAGAAGUUGGUCCUUCUCCGAUAUUCCAAUAGUUUACACCUAUGGCGCCUGGGCACGGCCAAACAGAAGGAAACGAUUAAGCCUGGAUUACGCAUGAACACCCUGGCCAUAGGACAUACAGAGGAUCUGCUUUUGGAGCAGCCACCACAAAAACUUGUACAAUUAAAUGUGCGUCAAUAUAAAUUCUGUCGGGCCAGUGCCAUUUCACCAGAUGGCAAAUGGAUAUGUUAUUCCACUCAUAAAGAGUUAAGAUUAUAUCGCCUGCACACAGAUAUUUUAUCAAUUCAACGCAAAUUUCAAUCAACCACUAAUAAACUCCACACGGAUCAUAUAAUUUUCUCUGCAGACAGCCAGCGUCUUGUGGUCCUUAAUCAGAAUCAGGCGAAAUUCUUUGCUAUAAGCGAAGAUAAUCUUACGUUUCUCUAUCACGUGAUGUUGGGACCGACAAUUACAGCAAAUGUUAAUCAUCUAUUGCUCUCACCCUGCGGCAAUUAUUUGGUGGCAGCCAGUUCUGAUAAUGUGGUAGCAAUAUGGCAACAUAAGGAGAACAGACAUCCAAAUUUCAAGCUGCUACUUACUCUGCCACGCCAUCAGGCCGGCACCACAGCCCUGGCCAUGCACGAGAAUGAGCCCCGCUUGGUGGUGGCCUAUGCCGAUGGCCGUAUUGUGGAAUAUGAUUUACUCAAUAGUUGCUUUACAUGCGAAUCGGAGGAAUAUCUAAUAAACACAACACACUCGUUCGUCAUCAAGGGAAUCGUUUUGGAUUCAAAUAAUCCAAAUAUGUUCAUUGUAUAUAAUGAAUUAUAUAUUUAUUCAAUGGAAAAGUAUUCCAAUAAUGAGGACAAUCAUUUAGCCAAAAGCGCUAAACUAAGUAAGGAGAGUCGAGCGGUGGUUGCCAAAAAACCAAUGAGUUUAAAGGUUAAAUCCAAAAUCUUGAGACACCACCUUGUCCAUGUCGCUCGUCUCAACGCUAACGAACUUGUCAAUGUCAGCAUUCAGACAAGCAAUCUAUUGGCUUCAUUGCCGCCACCAUACGAAAGAAAGAAAUUUGGAGCCUCCUAAAAGGCAUAAAAGAAACAACGAAAAAAACUAAUACUAGGAAUAGUGUGCUGCCUCUUGUUACAAAUACACAAAACAAAAAUAAACAAAACAAUACAAAAACCAAG